UGUCCAUGGUCUUGAGGAGUUUGCACUUCCAUGCCAUGGCCUAACCUUCCUGGCUUAAAAACUUUGGGGUGUGUCCAAGCCUGGGGAGCUGAAGGGGGGCUAGGAUUACAGCCUCCUCAGGCAAGUCCUCACCACCACAUGUGCUGUCACUCAUAUACCCCCCCACACACAGUCGAGAGAGAAAGAGAGAGAGAGAAGGACCGAGGGGUUCAGCAGGGUUUGCUCAUCCUCAACCAGAAAACGGUCUAACAACCAUAUUGCUGUCCAGGACGGUCCUUUCUUGGUGACCAGGGGCACAGAGUAACUACUGAGGUCUAAAGGUCUUCGAAGAGAAUGGCAGACAAGCUGCUGGUGGGAGUGUGUGUGCUGGUGGCAUCUUUGGGUCAGGUUAUGAGCAGCCCCCAGUCGUGGAGAGAUAACUUGAACCCAGAUGUGCUGUAUCCCUGGAGAACGAAGACUGCAGGUCUGGGCCGCGUAAAGAGAGACUGGAUCAUUCCACCAAUCCGUGUGUCUGAGAACAGCAAGCAGGUCCCUGAGUACUUAGUCCAGAUCAAAUCAGACAAGGUUUUCACCGGAGAGGUGAUCUACAAGCUUGAGGGCCCUGGGGUCGACCAGGAGCCUAAGGACCUAUUUGAAAUAGAUGAUAAAACAGGAUGGAUUAAGAGCAAGAAGCCCCUGGACAGAGAGACUCAUAAGAGCUUCACGCUCAAAGCCUUCGCCCUGUCGCCCAGUGGAGAGCGGCUGGAGAACCCCACCACCAUCGAGAUCUACGUACUGGACCAGAAUGACAACAGACCGACCUUUGCCAAAGAGGAGUUCUUUGGCUCGGUGCCAGAAUUCUCCAUUCCAGGUACCUCAGUGUUGACUGUAUCAGCAACAGAUGCUGACGACCCCAACACAGACAACGCAGUGCUGAGCUACUCCAUAACAGCUCAGGAGAGCUUUCCACCUUUCAGCAUCAACAAGACCAUGUUUGGCAUCAAUAAUGUAACAGGAGUGAUCUACACCCGAGAUGUGGGACUGGACCGAGAUGUUGUGCACUCGUUCCAUCUGACCCUGCAGGUGGCCGAUAUGUCUGGAAUGGGGCUGACCAGCACAGGACGAGCCAUCAUCCACAUCACAGACAUCAACAACCAUGCUCCGCAGUUCAACCCUAACACGUACACAAUGCUUGCCUUGGAGAAUAAAGUGGGAGAGGAUGUAGGCAGAGUGAAUGCUACAGAUAAAGAUGAGAAGAAUGGUGACAACUGGAGGAUUACUUAUUCCAUUAUUAAAGGAGAUUCUUCUGGCAAUUUUGAUAUCCGGACAGACCGUGUUACCAACCAGGGAAUUAUCUCUGUAAUGAAGCCCCUGGACUUCGAGUCACGGGCAGAGUACCAGCUCACUGUGAGAGCAGAAAACGAAGUCCCUCUGAGUAUUAAAGCUCCAUACGAACGGACCAGCACUGCUACCGUCACCAUCAGAGUUCUAAAUGAGAACGAAGCGCCACGCUUUUAUCAAAACCCCAUAGAGGUGUCUGUCCCAGAGUCCACUGAACCAGGGACUCCCCUCAUCUCCAGCAUUGCUUAUGAUGCUGAGAAUUCCAAGCUCAGAUUUGAAAUUACUCACGAUCCUGAGAAAUGGCUCUCAAUCAACCAUGAAACUGGAGAGAUUUCAGCCAGGAAGAAAUUCAACAUCCGCUCCCCAUAUGUCAAGAAGAACAAGUACAGGGCAGUAGUAAAGGUCACAGACAUGGAUGCAGGCGGUACUUCCAUAAUGGCCUCUCUGGAGAUCACACUAUGGGAGACCAAUGACUUCCCUCCUGUGCUUGUCCCUUUGAGUGGCAUCGUGUGCAGUAACAGAGACAGACACCAACUUGGCCUGCUGAUCAGUGCUGUAGAUGAUGACCUCGCCCCUCAUGCGGACCCCUUCACCUUUGACAUGGCUGACAGAGACAUGGCAUCCAACUGGACCAUCAUACAGCUCAACGAAACCCAUGCAAUGCUGCAGCCUGUGAUAGAUAUAGACCAGGGGGUGUUCUCCAUCCCCAUUACUGUAUCGGACUCAGGUUCACCUUCUCUCUCCUCCAACGCACUGGUGAAUGUGACGGUGUGUCCAUGUGACAGGGCUGGACAGUGUAUGAGUGCCACAGCUGCGGCAAUUUUUGGAGCUAAAGUGGGCAUCAGCUUUAUUGCCCUUGUGAUCAUCAUGGCCAGUGUUGCUCUUUUGUUGUUGUUUCUGCUCCUUGCUGUGGCCAUGAGGAGCUGUACUGGGCGAGGUGUUACGAAAGGAGGAGGCCUGCUGAUUGGUGAAUCAGAAGAUGAUGUGCGUGACAAUGUAUUCAACUACGAUGAGCAGGGCGGGGGAGAGGAGGAUGAGGAUGCCUUCAACAUUGAUCUAUUGAGGACCCCUAAUGACAUGGUUCUUCCCCCAGAAGCCUUCAAUCAGCCAGGAUCUGGUCUUCCUAAAUGGAAGCAGCCACUCCGGAAGGAUGCUCCAUACAACCUACCCUCGCCUGCGUACCCACGCAAACCUCAAGGAGAGCCCACUGACAUUGAGGAUUUCAUCAGUGAUUGCCUGGAUGUUGCAGACAACGACCCCAACGUGCCUCCAUUCGACACGGCUCUGAUCUAUGACUACGAAGGAGAUGGUUCUCUGGCAGGCAGCCUGAGCUCCCUCGCCUCCUCUGGCACAGACGAGGACCAGGAUUAUGACUACCUUAAUGACUGGGGACCACGCUUCAAGAAACUGGCUAACAUGUACAGCCCACGUUAGUUACCCCAUAGCCAUACAGAGUUGUACUCAGAGCUCACGUUCUUACCUUCUCAUGUUCAUAUCUUCUUACCAAAACCUCCUGGAGAAACUGUUUCAACAUUCCCCAUUGUAUACAUUUGGGGUCGGUGAUGUAGGCACUUCUGAUGAGGAUGGGAUGUGUGUGUGUACGGAUCAUCGAUCGAGAAUCCGCAGAAGCUUUUCAAAUUGGCCUCUGGUUUGUUCUUUCAAAAGGUCAAUGCUGUCAUGUGAGAGACGGUUCGAGCUGUUUUUCUCCCGCAGUGCCGUUAUGGAUCAGUGAGCUAUUUCACCACACUGACAUGACAGCUCGCCUUCCACCAAAACAAAGGCAGACAGCGAUCAGUGCAUACUAAUAAGGGAGAAGUGACAGGACCCAGUUUUCUUUAAAGAUUCAUAAGAGUUAUUCUCGAUAAUUCUCAAUUCCAUUCCUGGGUAUGCCAUAACUGCAAAUGUACAGUCCCCUCCAAAAGUAUUGGAACAGCAAGGCCAAUUCUAUUGUUUUCCCUAUACGUAGAAGACAUUUGGGUUUGAGAUCAAAAGAAGAACACGAGACGAUAGAUCAGAAUUUCAGCUUUCAUUUCCUGAUAUUUACAUCUAGAUGUGUUAAACAACUUAAAACAUGGCACCUUUGGUGGCAGACCAUCCAAUUUUUAGGUGUAUGGGACUGUAGAUAUUUUCCUGCUGCAAUACACUUGAUUCAGCAUAUGAAGCCCUUGAAGGCUGAAUCAAGUAUUUUAUGAGAAUAAUCUGGCUAAAAAUAAGAUGAUAUAAUUUCCACCUUACUCCAAAUGUAGUGGAUCAGCUAAGACAGAGUGGUUUCAAAAGUUUGCUUCAUUAAUAUAGAACUAUAGUGUAAUGGUUCAGACACUUCAGAUGCUUAUUAUGAACCUUCACUUCAGUGUCUUAUAAAUUAUGUACAUUUCAUUUUGAACCUU